UUAUCCUUCGUAUCUGAAAAAUCAUGUGCAAGUUAAACAGCAUCUUGGAGACCCUUGAAUUCCUGAUUUUAUUAGGAUAUUACUACUUUGAGGCUUUCGUUCUGUUAAUUUGUCCUCCAUGUAAAAAGAAUGUUGCUGGUGAAAUAGUGCUUAUUACAGGAGCUGCAAAUGGGAUUGGAAGGCAGAUUGCCUUAAAUUUUGCUCGUCUUGGGGCUACCCUGGUUUUCUGGGACAUUGAUGAAGAAGGUAACAAAGAGACGACUAAACUGGCCAAAGAAAAUGGAGCCAAAGGAGUUUAUGCCUACAAGUGUGACUGCAGCAAUAGGGAAGAAGUCUACAGAGUGGCAGAUCAGGUUAGAAAAGAAGUUGGGGAUGUUAAUAUCCUAAUCAAUGAUGCAGGCAUAGCAAAUGUGAAGACGUUUCUUGACCUUCCAGAUGCUGAUAUGGAGAAAACUAUAAGGGUGAACAUCAUGGCCCAGUUCUGGACUUGCAAAGCCUUCCUUCCAGCUAUGAUUGCCUGUAACCGUGGACACUUGGUUAGUAUCUCAAGUGGAACUGGACUUAUUGGUGCCAAUAAACUGACAGAUUAUAGUGCAAGUAAAUUUGCAAUAAUUGGCUUUCUGGAGUCAUUAGCUUUUGAGUUACAGGCUGCAGGAAAGAAAGGCAUUAAAACCACCAUCGUCUGUCCUUCUUUCGUAAAUACAGAAUUAUCCACGGGUAUUCGUGUCUCGAGGCCACUUUUACUUCCUAUUUUGGAUGUAGAGUAUGCAGGCAGGAAGAUCGUGGAUGCAAUUCGAGAGGAGAAGUUUUAUGUGUUCAUGCCUCUGACCAAUUGCCUUUCUUCUUUGAAAAACUUUGUACCUAAGAAAGUGCUACUCCUUGCUGUAGAGUAUGCUGGUAUUUUCAACAAUCUGGACGGUGUCAGAGACCGGAAGAGAAGGGACCAAAACCACACUGCUCUGAAGAUGUCAGAUACCAGCUAAUCAAAAUUCAUGUUUAACAGUUAAUGGACAUAAUGGGUUAUUUCUUCAGGUUUAUUUCUUCCUUAGAUCAAUUCUCUUCUAUAUGAUACUUUAGGUGUUUAAAGAUGUCAUACUUGUUCUGAUAGCUGUCUGUUACUCAGUAUUUUUUAUCCUCAACUGUUCUCUCUUCUUUCCAUCAGUACAGGCAUAUUCUCCCCUCAACAUAUGUACGUAAUUCAUUAAAGCAAAUAAAAGUUAAUGUAGUGACCUGUCUCAGUACCAUAGGUAAUGGGUAUCGAGGUCACAAAUUAACAUAGCUGUUACCUUUAUGGGCUCUCACAGCGAAGAGACUGUGAGAUUUAAUGGACAUGGAGAGAUUGACCUAAUCUCAUAUUGUUAAAAGUAGUUCCUCCAGGACAAUAAUUGGGGCUGAAUAGAAAAAGUUGCAUUGCCACUGCCUUUACUUCUUAGUUCUGCAGAAUAUUUCACUUCCAUGCAUAGGCAGUAAUUUGAAAUGUUGUAUCUGUGUAUCUAAGGCAGUGUUUCCCCAAAGUGAGGGACAUGUCCAAGGAGGACAGUAAAGCACUAAUUUUGAGGGGUUCAUACAGACCUUUCCAACGUUCUUCAGAGUCUGUGCUUUCAUUUAAAACAAAAUGAAGUCUCUAACUAUUAUACUGCAAAGAAAACUGUUAAAAUCUGGAGUGCAACCAAAGGAAAGAUGUCUGUCCAAGCUUACAGAGACCUUGAAACAAUAGCACUGAAGUGUGAACUGCUCCAUGCAUUUCAAUGGGUGCUAACUCAGAUGUCGCUAAUAAUGCUUUAAAUGUCAAUGUUACUAACUAUCUCACUGCUUGUCAAAAUACUUAUGAAAAGAGAGGAAGUAUCAUAGGGCAGUGGCUCUCAACCUUUCCAGACAACUGAACUCUUUUCAGGAGUCUGAUUUGUCUUACAUACUCCCAAGUUUCAUCUCAUUUAAGAACUACUUGGUUACAAAAUCAGACAUAAAAAUACAAAAGUGUCACAUCACACUAUUACUGAAAAAUUGCUUUUUAACCAUAUAAUUAUAAAAUAAGUCAGCUGGAAUAUAAAUAUUGUACUUAUAGUACAGUGUAUACUCUAUAGUGUAUAGAGCAGUAUAAACAAGUCUGUAUGAAA